AUGUAUAGCACUCCACGUAGGGUCUUCCUUGCCUCAACCUUCUCCCCCGGAACACAGCAGCACCUCAUUGACCUCCCCCUCGAUGCCCCGGGAAAGCACACGCGGGAACACACCGCGCACACGACCCAACACAGUCACGACACACCAGGUUUAACAUGAACACACCUGGGCAGGGAGGAGGGGGGCGACAGAGAGGAGGGAGUAUAUAAUAUGGUGACAUACAAGAUACAACUGGAUAAUACACCUAGGUCUACAGGCUUUGGACAUUUUUUAAAUGUUGAUUUUGAAAAUAAACCAUGCUAGCCCAUUGAAAGAGCCCAUUGUCUGGCUAGAGUACCUCGAGGUGUCAGCAGCUUGCCAACUCUCUCCAGGAAGGCAGGAGGAAGACCGCUCAACCCCAAACCAGGGUCCUUACUGUCCACAUGAUGACAUCAUACUGAUGGCCACCUGGACAGGUAAGAGAAUACAAUGUUAAUCAUGUGCAUGGUAGAGGUUACACAUUUGCUCUGGAAGUCACCUUCUAUUUCCCCGUCCCACCUUAAAUGUGUAUUGUCUAUCUCUUUCUCAUCCCUCUUAGCCCCCCCAGCCAUCCCUGAGCCACCUCCAGCACCGCAGGGUCCAGCUCCACCCCCUCCACCCUGGCUCCAGGAACGAAGUCCAGCCCUCCUCCACCCAGCCCCACCAGGAGAACUGACACUAGGACGUCUAGAGAGGGAGGGUGGGACAGACAGAGGUGGAGGUUAGAGGAGAUAGAAUAUAUUUAGCUGAUUCAUCAGACCUGAAGUGUCAAGUGAAAAAAAUUCCUGCAGGCAAAUAAAAGUAGAUUUGAGAAAAAGUGUAAAACACAGACCGGUGUUUGGCAGGUAUGUGGGGAUAGGCACGAAGCGACUGACUUGCAGACACACCUACCUUUGUUGUGAUUGGUGCCCACCCCUAGCAAGGAGUGGCAAGGAGAUCAAUAAACCCUUCAACUUCGGGACACACUCGUGACUUGAAGGAGGCAAUUAUGUUCCAUAUUGAAAUAAUAAAACAAGCAUUAAAUUCAAAUUAACAAAUUCCCCAAAUGUAUAAGUCAAAAAUGUAUGUAGCAACUAAAGAUUAUAGCUUUAAAGUGACUGUCCAGUGUUUCCAGAUUUCUAUGAAAUAUGACCUAUAAUUACAAUACGAGUUAAAUAGUUUUCCUUCCUAUUUUUUUUUUUAUUAAGCAUGUUAAAAAGCACAUUGUCUGUGUUGGAAUGGUGUACCCCAACAACAGAAUGGUAUGGGCGUAUACCGGUUUAAAAAAAUAUUCACGCGAGUAGACCGCUGAUUGGCCAGCUCAUCCUCCUAAACAGUAUGACAUUAUACUCUAUGAGGAAAUAGCAAGCAAUUUUGAAACAGUCUGUUUGAUAUACAAAUUGAGAUAGGGAUUUUUAAGUGUUUUUUUUUCUUCCACUUAUGAUUUGACCACACAUUUGAGUAUAGAACGAGUCAACAACAUUAUUUGGGUAUGAGUUAAAAGAAUAUGAACCUUUAAAAAGUGCGAUUUUCACUGGAAAGUUACUAUAAGACACAACACACUUGGAGUGCAACUCUAUGUGCAGGGCUGUCUAGCUACUCCACAUCCUCACACCCCCAGCCUUCUCUUCUUGAAGAAGCGUUCCAAGUACUCAGCAGAGCUGAACUCCUCGGCAGUGCGAGUUAGAACACUAAUCUUCACUAGCUAGCUAGGUGUAUCCUGGUGUAUAUCUGUAGGCUACUUGUAUACAAACUGAUAUGUAAGGCAACUUCCGAAUAGCUUUGAACAAGCUAGCUAAGAUUCAGUCACUUGCAGGAUAUCAUAAGUGGUAACCUACUAAGUUACAGUGCAUAGAUAGCAAUUGUUGUAUUGUCAAUUUGUCAAAAAAAAUGCCGUUCUCUAGCUAGAAAUGGUUGCAUUUUAAAUCCCCUUCUUCCCCACAUGGUUUGUUCACCCGGACAUUAUUCCCAGCUCUACACAACAACAUUCCGAUUGGAUAGCGCUGAAUAGGCGGAGUUCUUAGCCUUACGCUGAUUUGCUGAGAUUCUUGGCAGUGGCCUGUCAUUGGCUGAUGCAAUUUUCGGAUGUCUUUGAGUUCUGGUUUGUCAGUUAUUAUCUUCCAGACAUCAAGAGGCUUCAGCAUGGCUGUCCCAGCGGGGAGAUCUGUUGUCUUCGUGACUGGAAACGCAAAGAAACUAGAAGAGGUGGGAAAUGCUUCAGAAAAUGUAUUAUCCUCUGUAGAAAUGAACCUGGAUUAACAUUUAAACGUUCCAAAGUGAGCCGUUUAUUAGAGGCUCCAGCCGACUCCUGAAGGAAUGGAAUGUCUGACAGCGGGAAAUGCGGUGGUGGCCAAAUUUUAGAUUACACCUGCAGAGAUCAAAUGUUUUGAUAUAUCAUUAAUCGCUAUGUCAAUGGCUUGUGCACAUGAACUGGGUUACAGGAGUCUUGCAUGUUUAACAGUAAAGCACCAUACCAGCAGGUGGCAUACAAGCCUUACACCAGGGAUGGGCAACUUUGAUGGGAAUGGGGGCCACAAAAAAACCUGAACUCCUCAUGGCUUGCGGGUCUGCGUACCCACAUCCAAGCCCUAGCCUUUUGGGGGCCCAACGCAAAAUGUUGUUGGGGGGCACCCAUCCCCACUUUGCGAGCAAAACAAUUUAGCGUUAUUUUACCGUUAAUUUCCUGCAAUUCUACACAUUUUUCCACUGGGCCUAGAGAAAAUGUAGCAGUUUUAAAGCAUGUCUCCUGCAAUUCUACUCAUUUCGCCAUGGGACGGAGAGAAAAAUGUGCAGUUUUACAGCUAAUUUCCCGCAAUUGUACACAUUCUGCCAUAGGGUGGAUAUAAAUGUUAGCCGUUUUUAAUAUUUAAAAAAUAUAUAUUAAAAAAAUUUUUUUUGCAGGCCUCCUGUAGCUCAGUUGGUAGAGCAUGGCACUUGCAACGCCAGGGUUGUGGGUUCGAUUCCCAUGGGGGGGCAGUAUGAAAAAUGUAUGCACUCACUAACUGUAAGUCGCUCUGGAUAAGAGCGUCUGCUAAAUGACUAAAAUGUUUUUUAAUAUGAUAUCUGAGUGAAAGUGACUAACAAAAUCAAUGAAGGCCCCUGGGUCUGUAAUUCGACCAUGAUUACUACAAGUUUAGAUAGCUGGCUGCUAAACUAACUUACCAAUCUAAAAUAUUUUCACGGACAUGGGCUAAUUGAGUGACUGACAUAACAAGAGUAAAACUGCUGAUGCACAAUCACAUUUUUAGAUUGCACUAUUCUAACUCUAAGCAGUAAAUUGAGACCCCAACUGGGUUCAUAAAAAAAAAAAACUUUUUGAAGGGGGGAAUUGAUCUGCGGGGGGCAGCGGGCCCGCCAGUUGCCCAUCCCUGCUUUAUACAUAACACUGCAGACCAACUCACAAGUUCAUGCCAUCAUAAAAGACUGCUGUUCUUUGUCUAACCAGGUGAUUCAGAUCUUGGGGGACAAGUUUCCCUACAAACUAGUGUCCAAGAAGAUUGACUGUGAGUUAACUUUCUCAAUGGAAUGACGAGAUAGAUGUAUACCUAAUCAAUACAUCUCUGUUAUGUCUUCAUGUGGGACUAAAUUACUGUCCAUCUUUCUCAGUGCCUGAAUACCAGGGGGAACCAGACGAGAUCUCUAUACAGAAGUGUAAGGAAGCAGCAAAACAGGUGUGUCAUUGUGGACUGUUCUUUUCUGUGUGCUGUUGUAAAAAGGUCUGGAUAAGUGAUAUGUGUAUAAAUGCUCAUCUGACCUGGUCUGUCUGUGUCUAUUCUCUCAGGUUGAUGGGCCAGUCAUAGUGGAGGACACCUGCCUGUGUUUCAGAGCAUUGGGAGGUCUACCAGGACCCUACAUGUGAGUAGGCCUCUAUAACCUCUCUGUAGAGCCUGUGAUCGGAUGCUCUAAUAUGACAAAUCAUUUAUUGAAAAUGUGUCCUUUUUUUUGUGUGUGUGUAGAAAAUGGUUCCUGGAUAAACUUAGGCCUGAAGGUAAAUGAUGACUCAUCUAUGAAUUAAUGAGUACAGUUACUUAAAUGUAAUGUUUGAGUGCAGUGGAGGGUUCUGAGGGGAGGACGGCUCAUAAAAAUGGCUGGAACGAAGCUAAUGGAAUGGCAUCAAACCAUGUGUUUGAUGUAUUUGAUACCAUUCCAGCUAUGACCACGAGCCUGUCCUCCCCAAUUAAGGUGCCACCAACCUCCUGUGAUUGAGUGUGUGUAACCCUCUCUCCUGCUUUCCAGGUCUGUAUAAGAUGUUGGCUGGGUUUGAAGAUAAGUCAGCCUGGGCUCUGUGUACCUUUGCCUUCUGUCCAGGGAAAGAGGAGCCUGUACAACUCUUCAGAGGGAUAACUGAGGUCAGAAUAUAGUUUCAAAUUUAGUUUUAAUGUAACGUGCACAAGUACAGUGAAAUGCCUUUCUUGCAAGCUCCAAACCCAACAAUGCAGUAAUCAAUAUCAAUGUAGCACAAAAAAAAAAAACGAUAAAUAGAAAUAAGAAGAAAGUAAGAAGCUAUAUACCGAGUCAGUUCCAAUACCAUACUUACAAUGUGCGGGGAUACUGGAGUGAUAGAGGUAGAUAUGUACACUGCCCUACAAAGGCAAAACGCAGUAACUACGUCAUUUAUUUUACUCCAAAAUCUGACUUCAAAGUAUUUUUCUGUCUAGACAGACAGCAAUUUCUGAUACUCUAUGGUAUAUUCUGAUCAACUGGCUUGUUCUUGUGUCAGGAAAACUAAAUACCACAUUAAAUGAUAAUAUACCUUGCCAUUACAACAGAUGAAAGAUUUUUGACCAAAUUCGUAGUUACUGCGUUUUGCCUUUUGUAGGGCAGUAUAGGGGUAAGGUGACUAGGCAUCAGGAUAUAUGAUAAACAGAGUAGCAGCAGUGUAAAUUAUGAUUGUAUGCGAGUGUGUGUAUGUAGCGUCAGUAUAAAUGUGUGUGCAUGUUAUGUGUGUGUUGGAGUGUCAGUGUGCGUGAGUGUGUAGAGUCCUGUGAGUGUGCAUAGAGAGUGUAAAAAUAAAAUACAAAGGUCAACUCAGAUAGUCUGUGUAGCCACUCUGUUAGCUAUUCAGCAGUCUUAUGGCUAGACGCUGUUCAGGAGUCUGUUGGUGCCAGACUUGAUGCACCGGUACCACUUGCCAUGCGGAAGCAGAGAGAACAGUCUAUGGAUUGGGUGGCUGGAGUCUUCAACAAUUUUCCGACCCUUCCUUUCUCACCGCCUGAUAUAGAGGUCCUGGAUGGCAGGGAGCUCGGAUGUACUGGGCUGUCCGCACCACCCUCUGUAGCACCAUGUGAUCGUGGGCGGUGCUGUUGCCAUACCAAGCAGUGAUGCAGCCAGUCAGGAUGCUCUUAAUGGUGCAGUUGUAUACUUUUUUUGAGGAUUUGAGAGCCCAUGCCAAACCAUUUCAACUUCCUUGAGGGGGAAUCAGUCCACGAUCAGCUCAUUGGUCUUACUGACGUUACCCAGAGUGACUUACAGUAGUGACUGCAUACUUUUUCGUAAUUCUUUGUACUGGUCCCUGUGGGAAUCGAUCCCACCACCCUGGCAUUACAAGCACCAUGCUUUACAACUGAGCCACACUCACUCUGCAUGCUUGCUUUGAUAAACAUAUAUUUUUUCCCUAACUGUUUAGGGGCACAUUGUAGAGCCUAGAGGCCCAAGAGACUUUGGAUGGGACCCCUGUUUCCAGCCAGACGGAUUUGACAAAACGUAAGCAGGACUUUUAUUUUACUAGCAGGAGUCUGUGUUUAUGUAUCACACUUUAUUACUCUCCUACUAUACCUCUAGGGGGCAGUAGAUGUCUAUUUUAUGUAUUGACAACAUCAGUAUGAAGAAAACCAAUGAAAGUGAUUAUUGCCAGCUCAUUGAUUGUUGCUUCUCUCAUUCUCUCCCUGGUCCCUGUAGUUAUGCUGAGCUACCUAAGGAGGUGAAGAACACAAUUUCCCAUCGGUACCGAGCCCUGGCAGCCAUGUCCGAACACUUAUCCUCUCAGGCCAAUGACAAAGGCACACCAGACGCCAAGAAGAAGAAACACAACGACUAACCACUGAUCUAGGGUCAGUUCACCCUACCCCCAUUCUUAACCUUAACCAUCAGGGGGAUACAAAACCUAACUGACUCUUUAUCAGUGGUUAGGGGCAACUUCUACCUACUCUGACCAAUCGCUCAACAAACAGUUGAGACUGAGCUAACCAAUCAGACAGGGACAAACUCAGGGACAAACUUGUGCAGAUUAGACAGUUCCACACUGGUCAGCAAGUUCUAA